AUGACUGUAAGUCCUGACGACCUUAUCUUCAACAAACGCAUUGGUGGCGUCUAUGGUACAGAUUUCCAAGAUUCUCUUUGGAGACACAAUGAGGACUACGCCCCUGUUCCCGUGGACAGCGUGGAUGUCUGGUAUGGGGCCGGCCCACUGGAUCAUACUAUCCUGAAAGCUCUCCAGGUCCAUUGGAUCAAUGGCAAGGAGAGCCCCGUUGUGGGCGACGAGACACGAGAUGCCUUGCUUCACACCCGCUAUGAUUUCCGAAACGGAGACUCGGUCAAGUGGCUGAAGCUGUUCGGAACCGGCGUGGAGCUCAAAGACCAAGAUGCAAGGACUGAUUCAAUUAGAUUUGAAGAACAUGAUCCGUUUGCGGCUGGCGGAACUUGGGGUUAUGAUAGUGAUGAUCUACAGGGUGGAAAACAAGAUCUUGGAGAUGGUGUACUCUAUGGCUUCGUGGGAAGUGCUGGUACCGACAUCAAUUCCCUGGGGACGGUUUUUCACAAAAAGGAGUAA